UUAGAUGUGGCAAGCCGUUUCCAUAGCAACGCGACCAGGAAGCACGGAAGACAGUGGAAGAAGAGGCGCUAUCGUGCCCUCUGUUUUAAAUGUUAUUUAAGAUUAACAACAAAUAUUAGCUUCUCGCCUUCAUGGCACUGUCAAAGUUGAAAGGUUCUGUCCAUGUCUUCUGACCGUAACUGCCCCGUUGUGAGGUAAAGAUGUCGUUGUCCACGGCCAAAGCCAGUUCAGCGCCAAGCUCAUCCAGAGGAGAGCAAGCAGACGUGGGUGACCUGAAAAUCCACAUUCCCUCAGAGAACAGGAAGAACCAGCCACUUUCUGCCAUCCCACCUGAACUCCUGCUCAGCCUCACCUCCACUGUCUCCAGCAGGAGCACACAGGGCCACACUGCACAUCACCGAAACUGUGAAAGUUGUGGAGUCAGACGGCCAGAUGCAGUUUGGCAUCAUCCACUUGGACGCAGCAAAUACAAAUACUUUCUGGAUCAGCCAACAUCGCUGACAGGAGCAGGCAGGGACAUUUCAUUCCUGUGCGAUGCUGUGCUUACACAGAAGAAGAUGUCUCUUCUCCCACCAGUGAAUGAGAAGAACAGCAUCGGAGACACACAGAACUUGAGUGUCUCAGAAAAUGUGAUCCCUCGAGAAUAUCACAUUGUGAAGAACAAAGGGAUUCGACGCCUUGAGUUGUAUGAAGAUGCAUUCACAGUGCAGCUGAAAGAUCAGGAGCAUAGGUUACGGGUCCUUCCAUCACUGAGGCCCAGUGGCAGACUGGAAGUGAUCCAACUGAUGAGGAUAAUGGAUGACAUGCUGGAAAAAGCCGGAGUGGAUGAGCAGAGUGAAGAGCUGACUGAGCUGUGCCAACUCGAGGGCUUGUUGGAACUGGUGAAGACUGAGCAGGACAUCUACAACAUCGUUUUCCAUGAACUGAUCAGGCAGGUGACCGUCGGCUGCGCUGAGAGAGGACAGCUCCUCGCCAAACUCAGACAGCGGUACCAGUCUUUGUUGGACCGAAUCCCCCGUCGCCUGAUGGCUUUACACACUGAGGUGGUGGCGCAGCGGGCUCUGGACCGCCGUCUUAUUGAGGAAAUCUACCGCAUCAAGGCGUCCAUCCAGCAGCUAAACAUGGAACUAUCAAAAAUCAAAGACCACGAUGCAUUUGUUUCCCAGGAGGUGGAGCAAGCAAAACAGCAACUAACAGAAGACCUCAGAGAGACCCACAGCAGCUCAGAUGUUGUCCAGGGUUACCACCAUCUGUAUGAGCUGCAUAGGGCUCGUCUAGAGGAUCAACUGAUGCAGGUCACUGAAGAUAGAGACUGCUGGAGCCAGUUCACCUUCAGCCUUGCCCUAAAAGUGAUUAAAGCGAAGAAGCUUCAGCUUGUCAGUGAGCUGCAGGUCAAUGAGGAAGGCUGGUUCAAGACAGCAAAGCACUGCCUCCUCUACAUCUCCAUAAAGGAUACACAAGAUCUGCAUAACAUAGUGGAGUUAACCAACUACUGGAAAGAGCAGCUGAUUGCCCUUAUGUCCCAAAUGAAGAAGACUGAGCAUGCUCAGUUUGCACAGGUCACUUCCAUGCAGCAAGGCAUCACCAAGUGGUCUCUUUUCCUCAACACACAGAAUAACUCAUCUGAUGUCACUAGGGGUUCUGAUCCAGAAUAUGACAGUGCAACAGUUGAAGAAAUUCAUGCGGAUUUAAAGCAAUGGUCACAUAUGCUGGCACUCCAAUGUGAGGAAUACCAAGGUGAAGAACAGCUUUUGCUUCAGCAGAAACUGAAUGAACUCCGCUGUGUCCUGGAAAUAUGGCUGGAUAUGAGCCUUCAGCUCUAUGAAAGACACACAUUACCUGAAGCUGAGUCUGCUGAGGGCCCACAGACCAUAAGAGAGCUGGACAGGGUCCUAUCAGAACUCCUAAAACAGUUUGACAUUCAAGUCAGUGGGGAGAGUGGGGUCCACAGACUGAUUAUGUCACUGCUUGGAUUGGUGGAUUCCUGGGUCUCCAAAACUAACACUCCGAUUGAACAGCCAGAACCUCAAAUGUCUGUCUCUGAUUGGAUAAAACUGAAAAGGUCACUGGUCGCUUGGCAGAAUCUAGCUGAAGAGAUAUUGUUGCACUUCUCCAUCGCACAAACAGAGAACCAAAAGGACAAAAACAAACAUGACUUGUACAGCACAGAGACAACAAAGACAUUAGAUGAUGUUCAGGAGUUCACGACCAGCCUGUCCAACUUCACUGAGAGCGAGAACCAGAAACUGCUAGAAGAGGUGACUUGUCUUCACAAAGCUCAAACACGCUGGAUGUUGGAUCUGUUGCUUGCCAUGGUACCUAACCAGACUGAGGAGGAGAACGAAGAUCUGAACCAUGACUACGCUGCAAAAUGUUUACCAAAGGCUUUAUCUGAGGAUGCAAAAAUGCUUUCUGAGAAACUGGUCUAUUUUUCCAGCAUUAUUAACAGAUCAUGCAACUUAAUUUUGGAGGAGGAGAUGACGCAGGAUCCAAAUGAAACUAAGAUGGAAUAUGGAACAAACGAUUGCCAAAGGCUGCAGAGAGACUGUAAUAAUUGGGUGGAGAGUUGUAAAAUGCUGCUGUCGGGAAUUCAUGGGAAAUCUGAGGAGGAACUCAUCAAGCAACCUGAACAACCUUCAAGCAGUACUGAACUGGUAGAAAGCAUGGAGACUCAGAUCACUGAAGAUCCUUUGACGGAGCCACGGCAUGCCGCUGAAAACCUCAGAGACAGGAUUGAACCAGAAUCAACCGAGAUGACCGAUGAAGAACCUAAAACACAACAAGAGAGGGAACUAAUGGAUUACGAGAAGCCUGUGCUGAAGCUGAUAGGCUAUGAUGGAAACAUCACUCAAAGAAAUCUGAGCAGAGUCCAGCUGACUGGGACUGAUGAGCUGGUUGUGUCUCCAGUAACAGAAGAAGCCAACAGAGCUUUUAGUGAUCUAACAACAGUAGUCCUACUGCAGCAAGAACUAAGUUAUUCUGAGGUGCGAGCGAGGAGCGCUGAGCAGCGAGCUCUGAAAGCCGAGGAAACUCUGCAUGCAGCACUGGAGAAGAUUCAAGACCUGGAGAGACAGCUGCAGAUCCAAACUGCUCUGGAGCCUCAAAGUGAAGCUGAGGCAAAGAAGACACCACCUCCGUCCCCACCAACAGUUACAGCACCAGCUUCUCCAAAAUCACCCACAGGUGAAGCAAAGCCAGCCAGCCCCACCAAAAAGACUAAGAAACGGUGAUCUGGCAUGUGGUCUAAACUUGUGGGACUAUAUUUAUGUUUGAGUCUCAUUUAUUUUGUUGCAUUUGACAAAAUAGAAAAAUAUCAUCGUUUACAACCCGCAAGUUUUAAAGUGUGACAGGAGUAAAAAUAGAUGGAGAAAACAGAAAAGCUGAUUGAUUAGCCUCAGAGUAUUAUAUAUUUAAAAUAUCAAAAAGUUUUCUUUCAUCACCUUAUUGUUGUACAAGGAUUUACCUAACUUCGUGUUACCAUUCAUGCUGUGCAUUUGCUUAAUGUGGCAUUUCUCAACCCUAUGGAUAAGGUUUAAAUAUCGUUUCUUCAUUCUGAAAAAAUAAAGUUUAUGCACUUUA